AUGGCCUCUCUUAACACCACACUAUUCCACCCCUACUCUUUCCUUCUUCUGGGGAUCCCUGGGCUUGAAAAUAUGCAUGUCUGGAUUGGGUUUCCUUUCUUUGUUUUGUUCCUGACAGCUGCACUUGGGAAUAUCAGCAUUGUUUAUGUGAUUCAGACUGAGCACAGUCUCCAUCAGCCCAUGUUCUACUUCCUGGCCAUUCUAUCAUCUGUUGACCUGGGCCUGUCCACAUCCACUAUCCCCAAAAUGCUUGGCAUCUUCUGGUUCACCCUGAGAGAAAUCUCCUUUGAGGGCUGCCUUGUCCAGAUGUUCUUCAUCCAUCUGUGCACUGGCAUGGAGUCUGAUGUGCUCGUGGCCAUGGCCUAUGAUCGCUACAUGGCCAUCUGUAAUCCUCUUCGCUACACACAGGUGCUGACAAACAAGGUGGUGUUCAUCAUUGCAUGGGUAAUCCUCCUGAGACCUUUGUCCUUUGCCCUACCCUUUGUCCUCCUGAUCCUAAGGUUACCGUUCUGUGGACACCAAAUUAUCCCACACACCUACUGCGAGCACAUGGGUAUUGCCCGCCUGUCCUGUGCUAGCAUCAGGGUGAACAUCAUCUAUGGCUUAUGUGCCAUCUCUACCCUGAUGUUUGACAUCGUAGCCAUUAUCAUUUCCUACAUACAGAUCCUUCGUGCUGUCUUUCGACUUUCUUCUCAUGAUGCCCGACUCAAGGCACUCAGCACCUGUGGUGCUCAUGUGUGUGUCAUGUUGACCUUUUACACCCCUGCUUUUUUUUCAUUCAUGACCCAUAGGUUUGGCAGGAACAUACCACGCUACAUCCACAUCCUUCUAGCAAAUUUCUACGUAGUCAUUCCACCUGCUCUCAAUCCUGUAAUUUAUGGUGUCAGAACUAAACAGAUUAGAGAACAAGUGCUAAAAAUGUUUUUCAAGAAAUAA